AUUCCAUACUCAUUGACUCGACCACCCCAAUUCACUGAGUCAACUUGCCGCCAUGUCCGAUCACCAACGAAGCCGAAAAAUCGACCCUUUCCUCCUCAGUUACACCGCCGACGAACUCCUAAUUGCCUCUGAGUUUCUAUCUAAUUGGUUCCCUUUUCUCUCUCGUGGCCUCUGCCAAAGCUGUACGCUCACACUCUCCCACUGCAUUCGAUCCCUCGACCUCGAGGCUGCUGGUGAUGCAGAACGAUUGAAGCAACAAGAGGAUUUUACAGUUUUGACUCCCGAACUUCCUGAUUCAAACUACUGUAACGGGAAUCUUGACAAUUGUGUCAAUAAUUCACUUGGGAGUUGGAAAGAGUGUGUUAACUUAUAUGAUACUGCUGAUACAAACUCAUUGGGUAGUUGGAAAGACGGCGCAGAUAGUGCAGAACGUUUGAAGCAACAAGAGAAUUUCACAGUUUUUACUCCAGAACUUCCUGAUUCGAACGACUGUAAAGGAAAUCUUCACAGUUGUGUCAAGAAUUCACUUGGGAGUCGGAAAGAGUGUGCUGACUUAUAUGAUACUGCCGAUACAAACUCAUUGGGUAGUUGGAAAGACGGCGCAGAUAGUGCAGAACAUUUGAAGCAACAAGAGAAUUUCACAAUUUUUACUCCAGAACUUCCUGAUUCGAAUGACUGUAACGGAAAUCUUGACAAUUGUGACAACAAUUCACUUGGGAGUUGGAAAGAGUGUGCUGACUUUUAUGAUACUGCAGAUACAAACUCAUUGGGUCGUUGGAAAGACGGCGCAGAUGGGCCAGAGCAUUUUGAUGAGGCAUCGGUGCGUAGGAAUAGAUCAGAUAGUUAUGUAGGUGGUGCAAAUCGCUCAUCACGACUUGUUGAAGAGGCCUCGAGAAGUAAAACAUUCAGCUCACCCAUACCUGCGGCAAGCCUGAGGAUGAAAAUGUCAUGGGCAGAUAUGGCUCAGGAGGAUGAGCUUGAUGCUGAGGAUAUUAGUGAGUCGACUAGCUGGAGUAGUCAGUUAGGUAAUGGCAAUGGUGUGAAUGAAGAGGAAACUUCUGUUCAGGAGACUAAGCGAAAAACGGAACUGUCAAGGGAACAAAGAGAGCACAUUCGGUUUUGUAAUGUAAAGAGGAAGAAGGAUUUCAUAUGCUUGGAAAGAGUUAAUGGGGAAGUUGUGAAUAUACUUGAUGGCUUGGAGCUACAUACUGGUGUCUUUAGCAUGGCUGAGCAAAAUAGGAUUGUUAAAUUUGUAGAGAAGCUUGAGGAGAUGGGGAAGAAUGGGCAAUUAAAAGAGCGAACUGAUACAGCGCCACAGAAGUGGAUGAGGGGUAAAGGACGUGUGACAAUCCAAUUUGGUUGUUGCUACAACUAUGCUAAGGAUAAGAAAGGCAAUCCCCCAGGGAUUUUCAAGACUGAAACUGUUGAUCCAUUGCCUAAUCUUCUUAAGGUCAUGAUUAGAAGGCUUGUAAGAUGGCAUGUUAUGCCUCCAAAUUGUGUUCCAGACAGCUGUAUUAUCAAUAUUUAUGAAGAGGGGGAUUGCAUUCCACCUCAUAUCUACAAUCAUGAGUUUGUUCGUCCAUUUUGUACUGUCUCAUUCCUUAGCGAGUGUAAUAUAGUUUUUGGAUCAAAUUUGAAAACAGUGGCUCCUGGUGAGUUUGCCGGUGCAAUUGCAAUUCCCUUGCCAGUGGGGUCUGUUCUUGUCUUGAAUGGAAAUGGAGCUGAUGUGGCUAAACACUGUGUGCCAGCUGUUCCUACUAAAAGGAUUUCAAUUACAUUUAGGAGAAUGGAUGAAUCUAAAAGGCCAACUGGAUAUGUUCCUGAGCAGGAUUUACUAGGUCUUCAGCCAUUAUCAUACGAAGCAGAUAGAUAUGCGAAAUCAAACACCUCUAAACCAAGGCAUUCUACAAGAAAACAGUUGGGAACACAAGAAGAGAAUAAGGAAACAGUAAAGAUAUCAACUGAGAAGAAUUUCAAGCCACGUUACUUUGGUCGAAAUCAACAACGACCUGCAGCAAAUAUGCGAAGAGUCUGGGUGACUGUAGAUAAAUGAAUGCAUGUUGUGACUAUUUUAAUUGCU